CCCCGUUCCAGCCAAUGGGUCGUUGAAUGUCUGUCAGGGGCCGUUUUCGUUUCCCGGCGAGAGGGAGUCCAGUCGGCCGGCGGCUGCGUCCCCCGAGAGCCCCGCCGCCGCCUCUCCGCUUCCCUUCCCCCGGCCUCCGCCGACAGGGAUGAAGCGGCUAAAGGGGAUCUUGAGGCUCAAGAAGAGGCGGGCGGCGGGGCAGCAGCAGCAGUCGCCAGCAUCGGCGUCGGCGUCUAGCGAAGCGGUCAGCGAGGUUGUCUUGACCGCCUGUGCCUCGUGCCUCGCCAGCGAUGGCGCCUACGUGGUGCGGAAGAAAGAGUUGGGCCAGCUGCACCGGGCAGCGGCCGAAGGGAGCCUGGGCGACGUGCAGCGGCUAGUGCAGAGGCACGACAUCAACGAGCCGGAUAAGGACUCCAGAACACCUUUGCAUCUUGCCUGUGCCAGUGGAUAUACAGAUAUUGUUGCUUUCUUGGUAGGCAACAAAUGCCAACUAAAUUUCCGUGAUAAUGAAGGGAAAACUCCAUUAAUGAAGGCUGUACAAUGCCAGCAGGAAUUUUGUGCAAUUUAUCUGCUUGAGAACGGAGCAGACCCUAAUAUUGUGGAUGUUCACAGUAACACUGCCCUCCACUAUGCUGCUGCUAAUUCUGGUUUAUCUAUUACAAAACGUCUCCUUGAAUAUAAUGCUGAUAUUGAAGCACAGAAUGAGGAUGGGUAUACACCUCUAUUUGUUGCUGUCACAGAAGACAAUCGAGAAAUUGUAGAGUUUCUUUUGAAAAAAGGAGCUUCUGUAAAUGCCACAGAUAAUUCAGGAAGAACUCCACUGUUGACUGCUGCUUCUGAAAAAAACCGUGAUUUAACAAACAUUCUUCUUCGACAUGGCUCAGAUGUUUUUCAUAGAGAUGGAAGUGGAUGGUCAACAAAGGAGUAUGCUCUGAAUAGCGGAGAUCCCAUUCUUUUGCAAUAUGUAUCUGAAUUUUCUAACUGCAAAAAUAAAGAACAGAGCUCUGGAGAUCAAAAAGUCUUAACUUUAUUGAGCAGCCCAGAAAAACAUGGAUAUUCUGGCAUGUUGGGUGCACCUGCUACAAACAAAGAAGUUAUUGAUGACCAUUCCUUUGGAGAUUCAUUAAGAGAUUCUGGAAAAGCAGAUAAUGACAGCUGGAUUUCUUCAGAAGAAGAAGAAGAUUUCAGUCCUAAGAAACCAGAGAAGCCAAGUUUGGCUCAGAUAAUGAAUCUUUCCCAGCAAAUCAAGAAAAAUGUAGAUGAGAAAAGUAGCAUUAUCAGAGCAGAACAUAUAGCCAUUUCACAACAGAAUAAAUCAGAUUCUGAAGCUGAAGAUCUGAGAAAGUCCCUUCCUAAGCCUUUGUUCCAAGUUCAAUCCUUUCCUCAUCCUGUUCUAUCCUCACCCGGCUCCUUUUCAAAGUGUUCCCAGAUGACUCCCAAACUGGACUCUAAGCAGGAAGAAUCUUCAGAGAAAGAUGCUGAGAAAGAAGAUGAUGGGGGGAAAUCAGAUGGAGUCGAUAAAAAAAAGAUACAUAUCAGGAGCCCUCAGAAUCCCCUACAAGAUGGUGCUGUUAAAAAUGCUGCAUUGACAUUUGGAAUGUAUGUUGAAGAGGAAGAUGCAGAAUCUUCAUGGACUUCAAAGGCAAAGUCUGAUAAAGGUAACUUCAAACAUGAUGCUGAUCAUCAGAGGACAGAAAGCAAAGAAAAGCAAAAAUCAGAUUUAAUGGAAGAACUUGGACUAGACGCCGAAGAUGAUCUUGAAGGUACAUCUGACUGGGAUUCUACCAGUAAUUCAUUGAGGACUAUUCCUUACGCUAAACCGUUUAGCUCUCUGAUGCAAGAUGAUGCCUCUCUACUACAGUUAACUAAAAGUGAUGCUGCAAGCAAAACCAGUGUUGCUGGGAGAGCAGAAGAGUUAGCUGAUGUUCGAACAAGAAUUGCUUUAAAAGAUCAAUGUAAUGAACAAAAAGGCAUGAAAGAAUUAGAAAAAGAUGAGAACAAGGAUAUAAAUAUAAUAGACACAUCCAACUCUAUAGAGAAACCACCACCUGAAAAUCAGACUGACAAGGCAGAAAUUGCAUAUACUUGUGAUGAAAAGAAAACGGAAGCAGCUGUUUACAAUGCGGAAUCAAACAAUAAAUACAAUCAUUUGUAUUCAACACUCUGGGAAGAAAGAUAUGAAAAAAUGUGGGUUGCAAGUGAGAAAAGGGAAGUCAAAACAAAUUUUAAGAGCAUUACAGCAGAACUAAAGCAGAUGUUCGGUGAAGUUAAUGGAAAUGAGAAAAUAUGCAAUACUGCUGUGGAAGGAAUAUCGCAAGAUGGCUUCUGUGGUGUAUUAGAGGGUACGAAAGAAUCAUCACCACCUCAUCUGUCUAAAGGUACCAUUGGUAUACAGGGAAAGAGUAAUGGAGAGUCAAACUCUGUGAUCACAGAAGUGGAAUUCAGUACUGAAAACACGAUUUUAUAUCCCCAAAAUUCCAUUUCUCAGAAGCCUCUUUUUAAACUGUGUAAGAAUGAAAAUCAGAAUAUUGAGCAGCAUUGGAACACAUAUGAUGAGGCAUUGUCCAAUAAUACAGGAGGUACAAAAGUGAAUCUAGGUGAAGAAAGCAGUGGCAAUACAGUUGAACACUUGGAAACAAAUAAGAGUGGGAAGACUUCAGCUCCAAUAACAAGUCCCAAUUAUUCACCAUUGCAUACUUGUAAAGACAAUGUUUCAGAUGCAACUUUUAAGACUGCAUGUAUCAAACAACCUAUCAUGAUGGACAAUUCAAAUUUACAUUUUGAUGUAGCAAACGAAACAAGUAGAAAAACUCUACAUAGUUUUAAGACUGUUGUAAGCAGUUGUAAAGAUACCGAUACUGAGAUUGGAAAUAAAGUGAUAAACUCUGUACAAAGCUUCCAUCAAGCAUCAAAAAAAGAACUGGAUAAAGAAUUGGAAUGUGAUGUCGCAAGGUUUAAAAAUGAGGUAGGAAUGCUGCAGAUAGUGUUCCUGGCUUUGGAGAACGAAAAAGCCCAACUGCAAAAAGAGGUUGAAGAGGAAAAAAGAAAGCAGAAAUGGGAGAAAGUGGAGGUUGCUGGGGAAAAAGAAACUGCAAAUGUUGGGAAAAAACUGGCUAUGAAUAUUGAACAAAGGGAUCAAAAGCCCUCAGAAAAUGAAGGUGAAAUGAUGGAAGAAAGUCAAUUAAUGAGCAAAAUUUCCUCAGUAGAUAAAAAGGGAUUACUUACAGUAACUUUUAAGAAGGGAAAUCCUAUUGCCAAGGUGAAGGAUGUAGAAAAGAGUGAAAACAAAAAAUGGAUUUCAAAGCAGAAAACCAGUCAGGAGAUUAUUGAAAAUCUACAUGAACUUCAUGAUGACAGCAGUUUAAGUGAAGGAUCUUUGGAAGAAGAGAGACAUCAAGCCCGAAAUGUGAAUGAAACAAAAAAGAUCUAUAGAGCAGUGGGAAUUACCAAUGAUUUUGAUGACUUAACUCCGUCUUCAGAUACACCUACAGAUGAUAUUGAGUUACCUACUUCAGUCUAUAGAGAAGCUAUGAUGUUGAUAGAAAAACUUAGUUUGGAUAGUAAAGCGGAUUCCGUGAGUCUCCUGAAAAUUCAAAAUAUAUGUCAUGAAUAUGAAAGUUUAAUUGAACGUGAAAGAGCAUGUUCUAUUCAUCUUCGAGGAAAAGUAAAAAAAGUUGAGAAUGAGAAAAAAGAGCAGCAGAGAAUACUAGAAGAAAUGACAGAAAUGAAAUCUACACUGGAUCAUAAAAAAGUUGAAUGGGAAAGUACUAUCAGCAGUCUCAAAUUUUCUUUGAAACAAGAAGAAGAAAAGAGGACAAGUGCUGAAAGGUUGUACGAGGAAAACCAAGAACAGUUAAGGAAGAAAGAGGAGCAGUACUAUAAACAAACGGAAGAAAAACAACAACUUGAGUUAAUGCUGAGAAGUCUGGAAAUGGAAUUUAGAACACUGAAAAACCACUUGAAACAGAUUGAAGAAGAACGCAAUGAAGCCCAACAGCAGCUGUCACAAGAAAAGACUGCCAGAGCUCUGCAAGAGGGUAUUUUGAAUACUCAACUCUGGAGGCAGAAGGAAUUAGAGGAAGAGUUGAAAAAAACAGCAGCUAUACAAUCAGAGAUGACUGAUAAUCAUGCCCAAGAAAAGGAACUGUUAAAUAAAAAUCGAGUGCUCGAAGAUGAACUGACGGUGUUAAGAUUAGAGCUUGAACACAUAAGGAUUAAGCACCAGGAAGAGGAAACUAGAUAUUUGGAAGAAAAUGAAGCUUUGAAAGAAAAAAUAGAAGACCUUAAAAAGGAGCUGAAAGUAAAUGAAGAAACUUUGACUCAAACAAUUUUUCAAUACAAUGGACAAAUAAAUUUAUCAAAAACAGAAGUUGCAAUCCUAACAUCCAAAUUAGAACAUUUUAAAGAAAAUAAAGAAAGAUUGGAGGGGGAACUUGACUCAGUUCGUUCCCGCUCGACUUCUGCUGCUCAGGAACUUGAACGAUGCCAGAUAUUGAAAAAUGAUCUUGAACGAACACUGCAACGAGAGUGCGAUGAAUGGCUUCGCUUGAAAGAGAAACUGAACCAUGAUCUAUGUCUUCUGCGAGAAACAAACAAUGGCAUGUCUGAGCAGUUAAGAAAAGCUGAAAGUAAAGCUAAUAGUCUCGAACAUGAACUUCAUCAGGUAACACAUAGUCUUAGAGAAAAAAGCAUGCAGUUAGAAAGCGUUCAAAGGGAUUUAAAUCAGGCACACUGUCUAGUGAAGGAACUCGAGAAUGCGCGGCAAGUUGACAAGGAGCAAAUGAACAAAUAUGUGGUAAAACAGGAAUCUAUGCAGGAACGGCUAGCGCAGCUCCAGAGUGAAAAUCUUCUACUCCGGCAGCAAUUUGAAGAUUUUCAAAACAAGGGUAUUAUCAAAGAAAAAGUAGUGAGUGAUGUCCAAGAUCGAUUCAAUGAUAUUUUCAAUAAACUCAGAGCUGAUACCGAAAAACAAGUGCAGAUGAAGGAAGAGGUAAAUAAGGAAUUAAUUGCAAAAUGCAAUAAUUUAAAGGAGGAAGUCUUGAAAUAUGAAGCAGAAAAAGCAGAUAGAGAGGGUACAAUAAGGCAACUUAAACAAGAACUUGCAGAUUCUCUUAAAAAACAGUCCAUGACAGAAGCUUCACUGGAAGUUUCUACACGUUAUCGUAUUGACCUAGAAGAGGAUAAGCAACAUCUUCAAAAGGAGAUAGACAGGAUAAAAUUCAAGUUGCAGGAGUCAGAAGAUCAUCAUCUUCAGUCUGAAAGACAUAUUCAUGAAUUUAAAAAUACUUUGAGUGACAAGGAACAAAAAUUACAAGAUCUGUUGGCAGAGUUAACAGGAGCAAUUAAUUCUAAAAAACAAUUAGAAGACCAUAUACAGAGUCUUGAAAUAGAAAAUGCCAAACUGGAAGCAACAGCUGUUCAACAAGCUGGUAGAAUUGAGAUACUUCAAAAGGACCUGCAGAAUAGUGUCUCUAUUCACAGUCGUCUUGAGGAAUUGAUAAAUGGUUUACAAAGAGCAAAAGUCAAUUUAGAGGAGCAACUAAAGCAACAGGUCGAGAAGCAAACCAUAUUUUCAGCAACAGCGCAAGAUACUCACAGUAUGUGGGAAGAAGAAGUAAAGUCAAAAUCAAAACUUGAAGCCCGCCUUUCUGAGCUUGAGAAGGAAAAGACAGAGCUAAUGGCUCAGUUGGAGCAUGAAAGGAAAAAAGUGAAGAAGUUAGUGGAGUUGAAGCGAUUGGUGGAAGCACGGCUAGAAGAAGAAAUGAAAAGAAACACAGAACUACAAAAAGAAUGCAGCGGAGCUAAAAAAAUUCUAAAAACAGCUAAAAAGAAGAUAAAAGAAUAUGAGAGUCUAGAGAGUUCAUCUCUUACUACUAUACAUGGAGAAAUGAAGAACAGAUUUUCUGAUGCUGAGAUGGAGGUUAGCAACCUAAGAACCAAGUUGGAGGCUGAGUCAGCGAGACGUGUUCAGGUGGAAUCUACAAAUUGUGAACUACGUGAUCAGUUGUCUUCCAUGAAAUUACUGGAGAGAAGCAAACAUCAGCUAGAAGAAGAAAUAACUAAUCUCAAGCGCCAUAUACAGGACAAUAUGAUGGACCUCAGUCAAAUUGAACAGUACAAAAGAGAGAUUGAAGAAAGAGCUAGGCAAGAUAUAAGUCAAAAACUGGAACAAGUCAAUUUGUUUUUGCAGACACAGGCUGCUUCACAAGAAACAAUGGAGCAAAUGAGAGCUACUAAUUAUGCUUCCUUGAGAAAUCAGCUGGAGAACAGAAUAAAGGAUCUAGAAUGUGAGCUGGCUAUACUGAGAAACAGACCACAAGACAACAACUUACAAAAAGAGGCAGUGCAUUCAGAAUUGGAAAGAUAUAAAACAUUGUACUCAGAGGAACGAAAAAUGAGAAAGUCUUUGGGAAGUAAAUUGGAUCGAGCUAAUGAGAAAUUAACAGAAGCCAGCACCAAACUCUUACAUGAGCGCCACAAAAGCAAGUCUUUACUUGCCAACAGCUUUAUGAGUGGCAGCUAUUCUUCAAGUCCUGUCUUGGAAACUGUUCAGGUGGGGAGUCUUGGCAGCAACUUAGCAUUAAGCAGAUCUCCUAGCUUUGGAGGUGCAUUCAUGAACCCAACGGGAAGUACAGCAUCCUCAAAAAUGAGAGUGGAAGCUUACCUGGCAAAGAUGCGGACAGAACUAGAAAAAACUAUCGCCAAGGAACUAGAACAAGCUACAGUUGAACUUGAUGCCGGACCUGUUAGAGUCUCUCCUAUAGGAUCAAUUGAUGAAUCAUCAAAACAAGACGAAGUGUCCAAGGCCAGAAAGGAGUAUCUAGAUGUUUUAAAGAAAAACUAUAUGAUUUGAGUAAAUUCUGAUAAGCUUGUAGAUGAUGCUUUAUAAUAUGUAAUAAACAAAAUGUAAUAUUUUGUAGUUUGAAGAAUAUUAUAAAUUAUAAAUAUUUCAGACAUUUUGCACUUGUCUGGAAAGAUGUUGUAUAGCCAUAUGGUUCCUUCUUUCAUUUGUUAUGAAAGCUGAAUUAUUAUUAUUAUUAUUAUUAUUAUUAUUAUUAUUAUUAUUAGCAAAAAAGACACUAGCCUUGAGUUGUUUUACAGAACUGUCCAUGUUCCCUUUGUCCUGUACAUUUAAAACCAAAGUAUUUCUUGACAUGUUUAGCGUAAUUUGCUACUUGAAAUGUUGUGCAGGAUUUGUCUCUUGUCAAGUAACAGUUAAAAUGCUGGUCUGAAACAUUUCCCGUGUACCUUUUCCUGCAGUCUGUACAUUUACUACUUUUGUCACUAGUGAUUUUGCAUAGCUUAGGACUGCCAUAAGACUUUCAACAAUACAGUAGUGACUUUACUGCAGUAUUUAAAUGCUAUACUGACAGAAGUGCCAACAGACUAGUUAUUUGUAUUUUUAAAUGGUACAUAAAAUGCACUGAAGUUUUUAAUUGAAUAAAAACUGGUCUAUACGGA